CUCCGGUUUUCUUUUCGCCCUGGCAAGCCAUCCAUACCUCCAAAUCUUUCUACUUUGUUCGCGCUCAAAUGUGGCCAAUCCGGUUUCUGUCGUCAAAUGGCAUUGUCGGUGGUGUGACUCUCUUUUUCAUCGGUAACGCUUACAUGUCCUCCUCAGCUUGGCUUCACCUGGAAUACUUCCCGUGGUAUCGUGUUCGAUUUUCUUCCCGACCAUUUUAUUUCGUAGUUUGUAGUAUGUAUAUAGUCUUCUUGCAGUCUUUUCCUCC